UCAUUUUUCCUAUCUUGUUAUGAAAAAUGCUAUCAUGUAUGCAUGUACGUACUGCUUGUGACUGUGCGGGUGUAGCUAAUGAAGUGUCUGGUGAGUACAUAAUGUAUCAAUAUAUUGUAUGCAUAUCUGUUUUUGUGCUUUUAUUCUGAAAUUUCAGACGCUUUACAUCUUCUCCCAGUUUUUGUGAGCUUGACAUGGAUCUCCCAUUAUUAAUCUUGAGAGAGGGAGAGAGAGGAGAAAGAGAGAGAGGGGCUCAGUAUCCAGAGCUGCUUCCAAGCAUGGGUUCCACUCGCCACAAGCUUGCUCCACGCCGCGUGGAUGCCAACAUGCUGCGGAUGCAAUCCAGAGGGGCUUUCCUCGCGCUCUGCUUGGCUCCUGCUGCUCUAACAAGCCUGCUGCACCCUGAAUGUGAGUUCAUAUUCCAGCUGGAGAAAGAUGAGCGCCGCUGCCUGCGCUCCAUUGCCGGGGAAGCGAACACGAGUGCACAAGGUUGUCGAGCGUUUUGGGACGCGGUGGUCUGCUGGCCUCACGCUGUGGUUGGGGAAAGUGUUCACAGAGCUUGUCCGGCCGUUUUCUCCCUCUUCAGAAACAGCACAGGCUCCGUGAGCCGUAACUGCACCGAUGGAGGUUGGUCCAGGCCCUACCCGCCGUACCACGUGGCCUGCAGCGUGGAUGAUGACAUACCUGAGACGGAGCAGAGCUACUUUGCCACAGUGAAACUGAUCUACACCAUCGGUUACAGCGUCUCUCUGCUGGUGUUGACCGCUGCUGUGCUCAUCCUGCUUCUCUUCAGGAGGCUACGCUGUGCCAGGAACUUCAUCCACAUCCAACUCUUCCUCACGUUCAUCCUGAAAGCCGCAGCAGUGUUCAUCAAAGACGCCACUUUGUUCUCAAACGACGAGACCAACCACUGCACCCUCUCCACCUUCGGCUGUAAGGCUGCAGUGGUCUUCUGUCACUAUUGCGUCAUGGCAAAUUUUUUCUGGCUCCUGGUGGAGGCACUCUACCUCAAUUCCCUGCUGCUCUCCUCAUUUUACCGCAGCAUCCCGUGCCUGUGGGGCUUCAGCCUGCUGGGAUGGGGGGUUCCUGUGCUCUUCAUUGUGCUGUGGAUUGGAUCGAGAGUGUAUUUUGAAGACACAGAAUGCUGGGACAUCAAUGAGGACUCGCUGUAUUGGUGGAUCAUCAAGGGCCCGAUUGUUGUGUCCAUUGUGCACGCACAACAAGCGUCCAUCCCAGUCAAUUUCAUGCUCUUUGUCAACAUCGUCAGGAUUCUGAUACAGAAGCUGAGCCCUCGUCUGAUCCAGUUCAACAACUCCUCACAGUACAGACGCCUGACCAAGUCCACCCUGCUGCUCAUCCCCUUGUUUGGCACUCACUACAUGUUCUUCAAUUUCCUGCCUGACUACUUCAACAUUAACCUGCGCCUCUGCAUUGAGCUCUGCAUUGGAUCCUUCCAGGGUCUGCUUGUGGCAAUCCUCUACUGCUUUCUCAAUCAAGAGGUGCAGAAAGAGGUGCACAUGCAGUGGCUAAGGUGGCAAGAGAGGAGCUAUGGCGUGGUGUCACCUGCAGCCAAGUGCAGCAUGAUGGACACACCCUUCUAGACACGCCAUGACACGCCCCCCUAAAACUUGUGACAUAACACACACACACAACUCAGCUUCCAGACUUCUUUGGGGGCUUCAUUGGUCAAACUGGAGCAAUUGGAACUAGAAUAAAGCCAUCAAUUACCGUAGUAAAUAAUAUGUUUUCCAAGACUUUUCCCGCUUUGUUCAGUUUUGAUGUAUGAUUCCAUUUGCAAUAAGGCUGAAUGUUCAUGAUUUUGUUAUAUAUUUAGGAUAUAUGCCGGAUAUUUUCUAGCACUAUAUACUGCCAUUCUAUAGCUGCUAAUGUAUUGCUCAUUGUCAACAAAAUGCAUGGCAGCUGAUUAAAAGAAAACAACAAAUUGAAAGAAAAAAUGCCUUUACGUUUAGUAUUACUCCAAUACUUGUGUUUUUGGUGUUUUUUGCCACUUUUGUUGUGCUCACAAUGGACUGUUUUAACACCAGGUGAAAAGUCAGCGCAGUUUUCCUACACUUCAUUGUGUUGCAUAAAAGCACGAUAACGUCACAUGCAGCAGCUGCAACAUGUUUUUCUGAUAAAUUGGGUUAAGGAAGCAAAUA